GUGUUUCAUUUUUUCAUAGGUAUUGUAGGUUAUUAGGCAUUGCAUAACCAGCUUGCUGAUAUAAAUAUUUUAUAUUCCUGUUGACUGAAUUGAUCUUUGGAAAUAGAUCAUUACCCGAAGUGGUUCAAAAACAGUCUAUUUGGAAGCCCUGCAGCUAUUUAUCUUGAUAUUUAAACUUCAACAACAACCAAAAUCUUACACAAUUCAAUAUCAAGAAUAGACAAUGGCAAACUACCAGCCUGUCCCCAGUGAAAGUGGAAACAUGUUAUCAAACAAUAUUAACCAGUCGUAUGGAGGUACUGACUCCGCUCCAACAGGGGGACCAUCAAGCAAAAGGCUGCAACAGACUCAAGCACAAGUUGAUGAGGUGGUAGAUAUUAUGAGGACAAAUGUUGACAAAGUUUUGGAGAGAGAUCAAAAAUUAUCUGAAUUAGAUGACAGAGCAGAUGCACUACAACAAGGAGCUUCACAAUUUGAGACACAAGCUGCAAAACUCAAGAGAAAAUAUUGGUGGAAGAAUUGCAAGAUGAUUAUCAUGCUCUCAGUUGUUAUCAUAAUUAUUAUCGCGAUUAUCGUUAAUGUGGGCCAUUUUGAUUGUUGUUAUUUUAGCGAUACUUAUUAUUAUCAUAGUUUACUUUUCUACCAAAUGAAAAGUGUGAUUUGACCAGUUUCUGUAGUGACCAGCCAAUAAUCAACGUUUUCAUGUAUAAGAUGGAACCAACACCAACAACAAUGUUGUCUUUCUUUCUUGUUAAGAACUAAAACACACCUAUCUAUCUGUAUUUUGUGUGUUAAACGGACUCAUUCGAAUGCGACAAGUUUGUUCAUAUAAACAAGACAAGUUUUGCUCUGGUGUACAUAUGAUGAUGUUGUUUUCAACCUUUUCUUGUCAACUGUACUGCAUUUUUUAUCAACUGAUGUACUCUUCUAUUUGUCUUGUUUGGCCAAGAAUGUUUUAUCAAUGACUGCUCGCUCCCACCUGGGCUGUAUUUUCAAAGUAAUCAUUAUCCCAAUAGAAAAUAAUUCUUAUUGAAGGCUGUAACAAGUUUUUUGUUCAACAAUGUCAUUUCCACAUUUUGGCGCAAUAAAUGCUUGUCAUUACUGAAUGCUGCUGUUUUAAAGAAGGGCUUCAAAUUCAUUGUUUAUACCCGAUUCACCUCGAUAUCUAUGAUAUUUAUAGAUAAUGUUCUUGGUCAUCCAUUUCACCUGCUGUAUUUUUAGCUACCUUUUAAAAUAGUAAUUACCAUACGUCUCGGUGAAAUGAGGAGACUAGUGGAAUUUUUAUUUAUGGGUUCUUGUAACUCAUGGUAUAUUUCGUCCUUGUGUCCCCAAAGAAAACUUACAGACCCUGAAAAUGUGUGUAAUUCUAUUUCAUAGAAGCCACUUAGAGCUAAUUCCAUUUUUGCACAAUUUAGCUUUUGUCUGUAACUAUUUAUAAUAUAAUUCUUUCACUUUAUUGCUAGAGCCCCAUUGGCACAAAGUUCCAUUUAACAGUUCAUUGGUAUGGUUUGGUGUCAAAUGAUAAUAGAUUCAUCCCUCUGCUUUCUCAUUUGUGUUGGUGAGAACAGAAUGAUCAUUGUUUUGAAAAAUUGAUUUGGCUUUUUACUGAG